ACAAAGUUGGUCCUCCAUCUUUUUCCAUCAUGCCAAGUAACUUUCUUUGACCCUCUCUUCCCUCUCCAUUUUUCUCUUAUUCCCUCUUACGUUCAAACCCACACUAAGCAACCCCUUCUUUUUUCAAGAACAAGACAAACCUUCCCCUUUAAAUCUCCGUCAGAACGCUCUCUCUUUCUUCGACACACAAUUGGUGGAUUAAGCGUUAUCCGAAACGACACAAUAUAAAAGAAAACGGUGUCGUUUUUUGAGGCGAAACAAAACCGAAAAUGAGGUGUAAGAAACACUUACAGGAUUUAACCAGCACCAUCGGCGUCUGCGCUUCCUGCCUCCGCGAACGCCUCCAACCCCUCCUCGCGGCCCAGGCCAAGGCCCAAGCCCAAAACGACGCCGAUUAUCACCGUUUCAGGAAGCACAAGCACAAGCCGCAACCCGAGCCCGAGCCCGAGCCCGAACCGAGUCCUCCGCCGAUCAAUUUCCCUCACUCGGUGUCGCCGUACGUCGCUCGCCGGAAACACGAGCGGAUGUUCCACGGCACGCCGCAGGUCUUCGCCGCCGCGUACGACGGCGUAACGCCGGCGUCGACGAGGAGGAGGUCCGCCGGACGAUUCGGGAUCCUCUCGAGCCUCUUCCGUGGCAGAUCGAACAAAACGGAAACCGCGCCUUGCGAGGAACCGUCCUCGUCGGCGUCUCCACCGUCGUGGUUCUCGGCGAUGCUCCACGCGCGCCGCCACCACCACGGCGGAGCAGAAAGUCGGCGGUGCCGACAAACGGAUCGAGGAUUAUCUCCGGCGCCGGAUAAUUUCACCGAAGAAGCAAAGGAUCGGACGGAUUCGGGAUUCUCAGCGGAAUCCUCGCCGUGGAAGCAGAAUCCUUCGCCGGCGCCGGCACCGUCGAAUCGGCGGUCGCGGCUUAACCCCGGCGGCGGGAAGGGAAUUUCGACGAUGGCGUUUUGUCUGAGUCCGUUGGUGCGAGCGAGUCCGAACCGGCAUUGGAACCAUAAGGGGUUGGCGCAGGAAAUGGGUGUGGGGGCUGGUGGGGCCCACCAUAUAUCCUCUGCGGCGUCGUAUUGCGCUAACAGGUCGCGGAAGCUUGCGGAUUUUGGGAGAGCCGCGCACAACCGUUGAUGUUGCUCACUCACUCACCGUGGUACGGUGCAUGUUGCUGGUGGUAAUGUUUUUGUCCGUUUCUAUUUGUAGAUUUUUAAUAUUUUUCACCAGACAAAAACACAAUCAUUUUUCUUCCUCUUUGUACAGUCAUCAAUAUAAUUUUCAACUAGGAUAAAAUAUUUUUUAAGAAAUAAAAUUGUGUGAUUGUCUAUCUGAAUUUACAUGCAUAGUUUUUGUUCAGCCACCUCCAACAUUCUUGGUCAUCCUUGUGUUGAGAAGAGAAUGUGAUAAGUUUAAGGUUAAAAACCUAAUUUGGUUUUUUAUAAUAUUUUUUAUUUUAAUUUA